AUGACUAUUUUUAAAGUUUUAGGAAAGACUUGUGGUUUUUUUGGCUACGUUAUACAGUAUGCUUGUAUUACCCAUUGUACCUUUGAAUAUAUUGGAGAUUUUGUAAUGUGCUCUGGGCCAUCAAUGGAGCCAACUUUGGAAUCAAACAAUAUUUUAUUGACCGAACAUUUAACACCAAGGUUACAAAGAUUGCGACGUGGAGAUAUUGUUAUAGCUAAAAGUCCUUCAAAUCCAAAGCAAAAUAUCUGUAAAAGAAUAACUGGAUUACCAGGUGAUAAAGUUAAAGGUCACUUUCCUAAGCGAAGCCAAGUUGUACCAAGGGGACAUGUAUGGCUCGAAGGGGAUAACUCAACAAAUUCAUCAGAUUCAAGAUUAUAUGGUCCAGUCCCACAGGGUCUGAUACGAAGUCGAGUAGUUUGUCGAGUUUGGCCUCUGAACAAAAUUAGCUCAUUGACUGAAUAUUGA